GGAACAUACGUCACAAUGCCGGGUUCGUUACAGCGUUCCCUUGAAUGCAACCGUUUAUCAGGGGAUGAAAGCUGCUCACCAGCAACACGGAGACAACUUCACAUAUGAAUACGACACUUAUAGUCAGUUUGGUCAUCACGUGACGGCAAUCAAUGGGGUGAAAGGUCAUGACACAACUCAUUGGGCCCUACAUCACGGAGAUACAUUGGAAGCUGCAGAAUAUGGUGUAGAUCUUCUGCAUAUCGAAGCUGAUGAUCUGUAUCUUUGGCGUUAUACAGACUACGAAGAUGGAGAAUUCGACCCGUUUAACUCUACUGGAGAAUGUCAUUCUGCGGUGGAUGAUAUCCUACCAGCUCUCCCUUUCACUGAUGUAGUCGUGUAUCUAUCGGUAUCAACAGAAAACACCGCUUUGUUUACCAACGGGACGUUCGUAUCAAAGAUGUGCAAACGACUGGUUCUGACAGAGGCGACGUCUACACUGUAUGACGUCACGUUGGCGGCAAAUGAUCAAUCCAUUACAUUGUUUUUAGCUGAAUUGGAUUCCGAAGAUCAUGCUAUCACCCAACUAAAUGGUUUAAUGAAUCAGGGAGGAUACACAUGGAGAAUAUUUGAUGCGGUAUCUCAACAGAUAUUUCCAACAGAUCUGAGUAUCACUACAAUCCAAGAUGGCGGCCACUAUGAAUACCACUUCACAGAAGACAAUCUCUAUCCAACUCAACCAUACAAAGAUUUCACAACUGAAUCUAGAUCUGGAAGGUUGUCGAUAGUCUACUUUCAUUAUAUAAUUGCCCUAGUAUCAGUUUUUAUGAAUGAUGAAUUCAAUGCAUAUUAUUGA